AUGCAUCUCCACCCUCUGCCCCUCUCCCUCCUCAUUCUCCUGGUUGCAGAGGCAACCGUGAUGUGCGUUGCCGUGACGACAGCGCUCCACGGCUUCCGAGGCUGCGCCGUGCGAGAGUUCUCCUUCGUGGCCCAGAAGCCCGGCUGCAAGGGACUCCGCAUCACCACGGAGGCCUGCUGGGGGCGCUGCCACACCUGGGAGAAACCCGUGCCGGAUCCCCCCUACAUCCAGCGACACCACCGCGUGUGCACGUACAGCCGUAGUCGCCACAUGACGGCGCGGCUGCCGGGCUGCCCCCCCAACGUCUCCCCUCUCUACCACUAUCCCAUGGCCCUGCACUGCCACUGUGCCAUCUGCUCCACACAGGAGACAGAGUGUGAGACCUUCUGA